AUGACCGCUGACGCUGACGCCGAGAUUGUCGUUCGACAAGUCACCGAAGGAGUCCACACUAUCUCGAGACCCUUCUGGCGCUGGGGUUGGUUCCCCUUUGGGGGUCGUUCGACAAUCGUCACCCUCCAGAACGGUUCCCUCUGGAUUCUGGCUUCCACACCCCUCACUCCACUCACCAAACAAACUCUGGACUCUUUGGGGGGAAGAGUAGCAUACCUCGUAGCUCCAGAUGCCGAACAUUCACUGUUUCUUUCUCAAUGGGCAAAAUCAUAUCCUGACGCCAAAGUCAUUGGCGUUCCACCUCUUGUUCCUAAGCGUCGCGGGGAGGUGACGUUCCAUGGCGUUUAUGGACUAGAGGAACAUAGCAAGCCACCGUUUGGAUACGAAGAUGAGAUCGACGCAUGCUAUUUCAGUGGGUUCGCCAACAAGGACGUGGCGUUUUUGCACAAGAAGAGCAAGACGUUGAUCCAGGCCGAUUUGUUGUUCAACUUUCCUCCAAAGGAACAGUUUGAAAGGCUUGCACCUGGGUCUGAAGGAUGGUUGCGCUUCUUGGGCAUCAAAGGAGGGAAGGUCCCUUGCCUGAGCGAGUGGUUUAGUCCAUGGGAGAAUGGCCAUAAGUGGUUCUUGUGGGCCGCUAGUCAGGACAAGGCUGCAAUGGCUCGAGACGCCAAGACAGUCGCUGGAUGGGACUUUAACCGGAUCGUUCCCUGUCAUGGUGACGUCAUUGAAGAAAAAGGAAAGGAAGCUUUCCUCGAAGCUUACAAAUGGCACCUCGAACAGGCCGAAAAGCAAAAGUCCGACUAG